AUGACUGCUACCGAGGGCGCACCUCAAUCCGGCCGUGACGAGGGCUCUAGAGGACGGGUGCGUGGCCGUGGACGAGGUAGCGGCGGGCGUGGAAGACGAGGCCGAGGAGGAAAUACUCGGACCGCAGACAGCACGACGACGCCCGCCGAUCCAGCAGCGAGGCACGUUGCCGCCGCCGCAGCAGCCAGAGGUCCCCUCUUGAAGCAGCAGGCCCAGACUGCCGACGUCAAUACCGGUGCGCCGACUGCUUCGGCUCCGGCUGACGCUGACGCUGACGCUGACGCCGACGCCGACGACGACGCCAAUGUCUGCUUCAUUUGUGCCAAUCCGGUCGCGCACCAUUCCAUUGCUCCCUGCAACCAUGCCACCUGCCACAUAUGUGGUUUGCGAAUGAGGGCCCUUUACAAGACCAAGGACUGCGUUCAUUGCCGAACCCCAGCUCCCUUUGUCAUAUUUACCGACGACGCGGAAAAGCGAUUCGACGACUAUGUCGACAAGGACAUAACCACCACCGACUCCAACAUUGGCAUCAAGUACACAAACGAUGACAUCGUAGGGGAUACCGUGCUGCUGCUGCGGUACAAUUGUCCCGACGAGUCUUGCGACUUUGCAGGCCUCGGGUGGCCCGACCUCCACCGCCAUGUCAAGUCGGUCCAUCGCAAACGAAUGUGCGACCUGUGCACGCGCAACAAGAAGGUUUUCACGCACGAGCACGAGCUCUUUUCAGACAAGGAGCUGGAGAAACACAUGAGACGCGGCGACGACAAGCCCGGCGCCGCCGACCAGACCGGCUUCAAGGGCCAUCCCCUGUGCGGCUUCUGCGGAGAGCGCUUCUACGACGACGACAAGCUGUACGAGCAUUGCCUCAUGAAGCACGAGCGGUGCUUCAUCUGCGACCGCCGCGAUUCACGCAAGCCUCACUAUUACCUCGACUACAACGCCCUGGAGCAGCACUUCAGGAAGGACCACUACAUCUGCUCACACAGCGAAUGCCUGGAAAAGAAGUUUGUCGUGUUUGAGUCCGAAAUGGACCUCCAGGCGCAUAACCUCGAGAAGCAUGCCGGCAAAGCCGUAGGGAGAGAUGCCAGGCUCGUCGACAUGUCCUCCUUUGACAUCAGACAGUCGUACCAGACUGAAAGACGGGGUGGCAACCGAGACGGCGACGUACGAGGUCGCGGCGGCAGACGACGAGGGGGCAGGGGCAGAGAUCCCAACGCGGACGCCGUGCCGCCGACUUCUGCCCAGCCAUUGCGCAGAGACGAGCUGGCCUUGCAGCGCCAGUUGGCAAUUCACUCGGGGCAAUCCGUGUUGAGCCGGUCCUUUGGCGGCCAGCUCUCGGCACCGGCUGGCCAAUCUUCAACCUCACGCCCGACACCGUCAGCCUCAUCGACGCCGGCUCGAAACAACAACGCAGCCGGCCCCCGGAAUGACCUCGCCAGCGCCAUGGACUCUCUCACCGUCUCCGACACCUCCAACAUGUCGCCAGAGGAGAGAGCCCGCCUGGUCCGCCACAGCUCCGUCGUCGAGCGAGCCGCCAACCUCCUCGGCAAUGACGCCAACAAACUCGGCACGUUCCGCGAGCACGUCUCGUCCUACCGCCAUGGCGGCUUCACGGCGCCCCAGCUCAUCGACGCCUUCUUCACGCUCUUCGCCGACGUCCCAUCCAACGCCCUCGGCACCCUAGUUCGGGAAAUAGCCGACCUCUUCGACGACAAGACCAGGGCCGACAGCCUCCGCAAGGCAUGGCAGGACUGGCGCGCCAUCAACGACGAUUACCCCAGCCUCCCUGGCCUCGGCGGCAUGCACGGCGCAACCUCCAGCUCGAGCGGAUGGGCAAACGCCGCCACCGCCAACCCGGCGUCCCCCAACGCAUCGGCCCCUGCCCAAAAACACUCCAACAGAGUCCUCCGUCUCAAGAACAGCACCCGUCCCGGCGGCCCUGCACCAACGCCCGUCAGGGCUGCGCCAAGUUGGAUAGCUUGUCCCGCCGUCCAGCCAUCGUCUUCAUCGUCAUCAUCGUCAUCCGCCUUCCCCUCUCUACCACCAGCAUCAGCGUCAUCAGCGUCACCAGCAUCAACCCCACGCCCGACAUGGACAUCAUCCUCCUCUUCCGCCCAGUCCGCCCGGCCGCGGUCCACCAUUCCCCGCAACCAAGAGGCCUUCCCGUCUCUUCCCGCCGCCCCCAAGCCGACCACCACCAUAUUCGGGUACGGAUCCGGCCGCGGCGUCCGUCGCGACUAUGGACAUGCCGAGUCCAACUUCACAUGGGGCAGUAGCUCGUCCGCUGCCAAUCCGCCCGCCGCCGCUGCCGCCGCCGAAGAGCAAGACGCGGCCACCCCCAAAAAGGGAAAUAAGAAGGGCAAGAAAGUUCUCGUUCAGUGGGGAUAG